GACAUUAGGGUUUUACAGCAUCAUCUAAUGACUUUGCUCUGAGCUCAAAUCCCAGAUGUCCCCCCUGUAGCGUCAAAACCCACGAGCACCAUCGUCCCUGUCUCCGCCGGAUUCCCUUCCGAUGGCUGCCCGCCACCACCACUGCCACCCCGCCACCGCCAGCUGCAGCUGCUGCUGCUGCUACACCACGUGCUGCGACGGUCCACAACCCGACUCACUUCUCCAAUCCUUAUCUUCUCACUUCCGCCACCCUCCGUCCCAACCCUACCCACCUUCCAAUUCCCAAAGCUUCCACCACCACCACCAUUACCACCAGGAAACGCCUUUCUACCCACCUCCAGCCCACCACCAACACAGACAGGAACAGUUUCAGGCCCAACCCACCGUCUCCUCUCUGCUCCGCCGCAUCGCGGCACUCGAGUCCGCCCUCCGGCGCCAGGCUUCUGUCAACUCUUCCUCUCCUUAUUCCCUCCGUGAUGCUGCCGCGCGUACCAUCCAGACCCAUUUCAGGGAGUUUCUGGUUCGUAGAUCACGAAAGCUCCGCCAGCUGAAAGAUCUCGCUUCCAUCAAGUCGACUCUCAAUGCUCUCAAGGCCUCAGUUUAUGACGACGUCCGUCCCUAUUCUCGAUCGCUCUCCCGGCGAGCUCUGGGCUUGCUUCACAAGCUCGAUUCUAUCCAGGGUGGUGAUCAGAUGAUUAGGGAUCAUAAAAGAUCGAUUAGCAGAGACUUGAACCGAUUUCUGGAGUUUCUUGAUGGGGAAAGGAACAAGGUUUCAAGUGUCGUGGUGAAGAAUGUGAAAUUCGGCAGGGUUGGCAACAAAUCUAGGGUAUUUUGCAGUGGCCAGAAGAUUGGUGCCGCUAAAUUUGUGGAUCCGGCUGGAGGUGAGAGAGAUUUGAUAGAGAAACUGAAGAGCCGGGUAGAGAAAAAAGAUGGGUUUUUUGAGGAAGAUGGCAUUGAGAUUGAGCUUGGCAACCCUAGAAUUUCCAUAAAAGGAAAUGCGGGUUUGCUGAAGAGGCAAGGUGGGGAUCAAGCCAAAGUUAAGAAAACCGUGAGCUUUGCAGAUAAUGGGACAGUCUAUAGGUUUACUCCAGUUAGUCAAGAGCUUUCAAGUGAAGAAGUGAGUGGUUCCAGUUCCAUUGACGAUGAGAACGAGCUUGCGGGCAAUCUCUGUAGAGAAGUUCAGGAAAUUGGUGGGGAUGAAGAUGAAGAGGCCGGGGAAGGAGAGUCGCCUGAAAUCAGCGACGUUGAGAGAAUCCCGAGAAGGAUUUUGAGAGCUGGAGAAGACAGCUACUUAACCGGCGGAUAUGAUCAGGAUGAUGAUGGAAGUUAUGUGUCCUCUGCUCCAGUGCCUGGGAAGAUGGAACCCAGAUCUGCAGUGAGGAAGAGUUGGAAAGCGACGAAGAUUGUUAAUUGAAGCGCCAUAACAUGGGUUUUGAUUUCAGUCCUGAAUCUUCUCUUCUACUUGUUGGUUGUUUGGGGCUUCUUGUUGAAUAAAAAGAAGACAGUGUGUUUGUUCCACAUUUGGGCUGAUUGUUUCUGCCAAGGGGAUGUUAUAAACUUGUAAUAUCUCUCUCUCUCUCUCUCUCUCCCUCUCUGUGGUGUGGAUAGAGAGAGUCUUCGAUGUUGAAUGAAUCACCAUUCCCACGUGGUUCUAUUCUAUCUUGACCUUUUGUCUGCUUUUCUUUCCCAUGUGGAAGUACAACACUAAUCAAUACAUGGUAAUUGUUUUUUCUCCUUUA